AUGUGGCCUAAUACGGUUUAUCAUACUGCUAUGGACUCGCGGCACCUGUCGAACCAUGUUGCACCUUUGCCAGUCUUUCUGAUCGAUCCGGCUAUAUUAAAUACGCGAUAUUUAUUUCUGAUAUCGUCAACCGCACAGGCAGGCCUUAAUGUUUCCACACCGAUCGCCAAACCGCCUCUUUCGCCAACCACGGAUAAUCGACGACGUUUGCCAUACUUCACCGUUAUUGACAUACAAGAAACACCGUGGUACGAGAUGGCCUACGUCUUUCAGAUCGUUAUCAUGAUGAACGUCACUUGCACUUUCGUCACCAUAGACACAAUCGGCCCUAUGUUCAUUUUCGUCACCUGUGGCUACUUGGAGACGAUUCGACGCCGAAUCGAAAGUUUCCGCUUCUUCGAUCAACGAUCCUUUGCCUUUAGCGCCGCGGCAACAACCUUCGAGCUGGAAUAUACGAAAGACUUACGAACAUGCGUAAUUUGUCAUAGGUUACUGCUCGAAUUCUGCCAGACCAUCGAACGUUUUACCAACUUCAUAUUUCUCAUACAAUUACUCGGCAGCACGUACAACAUAUCCUUGAUCGGUUUUAAAUUGUUCGAGAACAGCCCUGACAAGAUUAAAUACGUCACGCAACUGCUGCUCUUUAUGACUCAACUGUUACUCUGCAAUUGGCCCGCGGAUGUCCUUUCGUCCAAGAGCGAAGAUAUUGCCAGUGCCGCCUAUUCGAUCCCGUGGUAUCGGUAUCCUUACAAUGCCAAGAUAUUGACCAGUAUGCUUAUCAUAAGGAGUCAAAGACCGGUUCGCCUGACAGCUGGGAAAUUCGUUCAGCUUUCCCUGGAGACGUUUGCCUCUAUGAUAUCCGCGGCUGUUUCGUUCUUCACCAUGAUUCGAGGUAUAAACUGA